AUGAACGCUAUUUUGGAGAAGUACACCUUCAAGGAUGACUACGUCAGCCCGCGUGGCAUUCCGAAGGUCGCCUUCGUCGAGAACGUGGCGGAGCUGGUCAAGUCGAGCGGCGACAGUGCCGAGACGCUGCUGAAGCGCUUCAGUGAGCAGUACAGCAAGUACAAGCUCGCGGAGCACCGGCUGAUCCGCACGACAGCCAACCUUGAGGCGAAGAUUCCGGACAUCAAGAAGACGCUGCAGACCCUGGAGUAUCUGAAGAAGUCGCUAGUGGCAGAGAACGGCGGCAGGGGCUUCACGACAAACUACGGACUAACGGAGAGUGUCUUCUGCCAGGCUAAGGUUCUGCCGCAGAAGACGGUGCACCUGUGGCUCGGCGCGAACGUGAUGGUUGAGUACACGUUUGAAGAAGCCACGCAGCUGCUGGAGCGCAACCUGAAGAGCGCCACCGAGAACCUUGCGGCGACGCAGGAAGACCUGGCGUGGCUGCAGGAGCAGCAGACGAUCUUGGAGGUGAACACAUCGCGGCUGUACAACUACGACGUGGUGGAGCGCCGUAACAAAAGCGAGGAAGAGGCAAAGAAGUGA